AUGCGGAGUCGUGCAUCCUUAUCGUCACCAAUGUCACCAUCAGAGCCAUCCUCAAAGUCAUACACAACCUUUUCAGGCCACCAGAAGCAGCACGGAAAUCUGUUUUCAAAACUGGCCGAACCAUCCAUGCCUGUCUUUCUUCUCGGAACAAUGCCACCGAAGCAAGAAGAUUCGUCCCUUAGCCACUGUAUGGAAUCGGCCGUGGAAUUCGUGACUCGUUCCAGGGUCUUGGCGUACGAUGGAUUCUUGAUACAUUGUGUUGCUGAUAAUCACCAGAGUCAGGAUGUCGAAGCAGCUGCGGCUAUAUCGGGCACAGAAGCAAAUAAAACUGAGGAAUGGGAAAAUGUGGGCAACACUCGUCGAUUCAUGGACCCAGUCCAAUACGCCAAUUUGAUUUGUAACAUGGCCCGGAGUCACAACUGUACACAGGAUUGUAUCGUAACCAAAGUCAUAUCCGAAGCCGAUCUCAGCGAUAAGGUGGACAAGAGGAUUGAUUCAGUUUCUGCCCCAAGUGACCACAAGGCAAUUCAGCUGGUGUCAGGAACUAAAAUGAAAGGCGGCGACAUCAAAAAGAGUGACAAGAAGAAAUCGCCAUUUGUAAGAGCUGUGAAAAAUUUAAAAAGGAGAGAGCAUUUCAAAGGACGUCGUGGUCGGCCUCCACUAUACGGGGGCGUUGCCUUUGCCGAGAGACAUAUGUUGGAUGCGACGGAACAUCUCCACAUGGUAGACCAACAAAAGGCAGGCGCUGAAUGGUUCUUGACAAUGCCAAUAUAUGAUCCCGAACCAAUCCAGCGCCUCUUGAAGGACUAUGCCACUGCUUGUGUCGCCAAUGGUAUAAUUCCCAAAAAGGUAAUCUUGACAUUUGCUCCAUUUUGUGAUACUUCAUCGCUGCAAUUCAUUCAAAGCUAUUAUGGCGUGACUGUCCCAGAAACCAUUCAAUCUCGAGUUCUAUCAGCACCCAAUCCAGAGAAAGAAUCAGCGGAUUGCUUGCGAGAUGUCUUCGUGUCCAUUUUGGAAUCAAGUCAAGGGUUGGAACUUCCGUCUCUUGGCAUUCACUGUCUCCAAAUCGGCCAUGAUCCGUCUGAUAUGGAUGUCACUCGAGAUCUCUUCCUGAAACUUCAAGACGUCUUGUUAAGCUCCCAGGGCACACCAUGGAGGAUACAAUGGUACGACCCAUCAGCGAAACUGAAGAACAACGACGGCGAUUCUGAUGAUGUACGACGUUGGAAAUUGUUGUUCAAACAAGGAAUAUACGCCGCGUUUGUGGGUGGCGGUCUUGUUGCUUUUGGAGUCAUGCUGGGGGCAACGGGUGAUUUCAUGUCGGUCAAGGUGACAGUCCAUGGGAGGGAUCUUGCACUCAGUAAUCGGAUCGGCAGCGAGUUCCAGUGA